AUUCAUGUUCAGUUUCAUACCAGAAAUUGGCAGUUCUAUUGAUAUAAUGAUAUUGUGAAGAAGGCUUGUUUUUUCCUUCUCUGUUAGUCAUCACUCUGUGUUUUCAACUUCAAAUGGAUUACAUAUAUGGAUUAGUCUUGUUUAUAUCUUGCUUUCGAAGAUUCUUGUGUGGUUAAAUUAGCAAAAAAUAAAAUAAAAUUAUUGGGGGUCUCUGUUGAAGAGAGACUUGAUUGAUUGGUAUGAUAUAGUCCCACAAGUUCUUGUAGAACUCUUUGAAAAUGAAGAAUAUUUAGGAUUAGGUUAAGGAUAAUAGGAGGGCUACCAGAUAACAAUCAUUGUACUUGAUUCUCACUUUCUGGAUGCUUCUUUGGUAUAUUUUGUAUAUUCUUAUUUAAUCCUCUACCUUUUCUAUUUUAUGUUUUAUCCCUUUUGUGGUAAGUAAGCUGUCUAAUAUUAAUAAUUGAUUUUGUAAUGAUAUUUAACUAGAUCAUUGACUUAAAAUGCUCAUCUUGAAUGCACAAGUCCGGUUAUUCAUAGAUUUCAGCUCUAGGGUUUAUGCUAUAAGUGUUACAUCAAUAUCAAAAUAUUAUGUAGAAGAAAAUUAUUCUUAUUGUGCAUCUUUAUAGAUGGUUGGUCAGAGAAUCUUUCGGGUCCUGGUAGAAUACAUCAACUAAUCUCACCCAAUAAAGAUAAAGAUUUUAAAUUAAGUCUGGCCAGCUCCAAGAAGCCGUAGUGGCUAAGUAUCAAUCUUGUGUGGUUCUGAUCAAAAUCACUAAGUAUUUCUGAAUCCUGUAUUUACAAAUGGCUCCGGACGGUGGUGUUUGCAAACAAGUUGUAGAGUCUCACCCAAAACAUGUGAAAUAUGAUGCUGGAAUGGGAAAGAUGGAAAAAAAUAGCACUCUUACAAAGAGUGCCAUUGGGCUUGGUGAAAAGCACAGAAUUCCUUCAACCAAUGGAGUGCAUGAGCUGCUUGAAUGUCCCGUCUGCGCAAGUUUAAUGUACCCUCCUAUUUACCAGUGCCCAAAUGGCCAUACUUUAUGCUCAGACUGCAAGAGCAGAGUGCAUAAUUGCUGCCCAACUUGCCGCCUUGAACUUGGAAACAUAAGGUGUCUGGCUCUGGAGAAAGUAGCUGAGUCAUUGGAGCUGCCCUGCAGAUACCAAAGUCUUGGCUGCCAUGAUAUUUUUCUAUACUAUAGCAAGCUAAAGCACGAGCAACACUGCCGGUUCCGUCCUUAUAAUUGUCCAUAUGCUGGGUCUGAAUGUUCCAUAACAGGCGAUAUUCCAACCCUUGUUGCUCAUCUCAAGGAUGAUCACAAUGUUGACAUGCAUGAUGGAUGUACAUUCAACCAUCGUUAUGUCAAAGCAAACCCGCACGAAGUUGAAAAUGCCACAUGGAUGCUUACUGUCUUCAACUGCUACGGAAGACAGUUCUGCUUGCAUUUUGAAGCUUUUCAGCUGGGUUCAGCACCUGUGUACACAUCAUUCUUAAGAUUUAUGGGUGAGGACAGUGAGGAGAAAAAGUUCAGUUACUCUUUAGAAGUUGGUGGAUAUGGGCGGAAGUUAACUUGGCAAGGUGUGCCUAGGAGUAUCCGUGAUAGUCACAGGAAAGUUCGGGACAGCCUAGACGGGCUUAUUAUUCCUAGAAAUUUAGCCCUCUUCUUUUCAGGCGGGAACAGGGAAGAGCUUAAAUUGAGAGUCACUGGUCGCAUAUGGAAAGAACAGUAGAACGUCUUUAGGGUCUCGAUGGUGGUUGGUUGUAUAGUCUGUGAAAUCUCUUCAAGGCUUUUAAGCCGCAAUGUAGCAACUCUACAUCGGAUGUGAUACUGCUAUCAGAGGGAAUGGAAUAUUUAUAUUGAAAUUAUUCAGUUUGUCUGGGGUAAACCAUCCCUCUUAGUGAUUUUACCUUGUUCUAUGUUCAAUGUUACUAUAACAGUAUUGCAAGGCUUUGAUUCUGUGUUUA